GGGGGACAAGCUGGCAUGACAUUUGACGUUUUUAAAGUGAAACCUACCAAUUUCACAUUUUCACCGGAAACAUCAUUUGAAUCAGCAAUCAUGGCUCUCUCUCCCCGCCCCUGUCUUCUUCUUCUUCUUCCUUUUCUUCUUCUCCUCCUCCUCCUCCUCCAUUCCACGGCGGCAUCCGCCUCUCACCGCCACCGCCACCGCCACCGCCACCGCCACAUCAAGGGGCUGAAAUCCAUCCAUUUUGCGCUCUUUCAACACGAAACCAUAAACAAAACCGGGUACAUCGUAGUGAACGGCGUGGCGGGGCCAGGGGUGAGCCAAACCACCACCCCUUUCGGGACCUUGUUCGUGUUCGAAGAUCCGAUGACUCUCACCGCCAACCGAACUUCGCGAGUGGUCGGCACGGCGGAGGGGACUUCCAUAACCUCCGGCCUCGACGGCCUCCGGAGUGUUUCCAUCGCGAAGGUUACUAUGAGCUUGAAGCGCCACAAGGGGUCGAUCUCCAUAGUUGGCGGCACGCAUAAUAUCAAGCCCUCCGAUCACCCCGUCGUCGGGGGGACCGGGGACUUCUUGUUCGUGCAGGGGUACGUGAGGUCGUCGCCGGUGGAUUUGACAGGCUUGACUGUGGUCUACAGGAUCGAGUUCCACCUUUACUGGCCUCCAUAUGCAGCCGCCUCGUGAAUUCACUAGAAAAGACAAAUGAUCUGAUGUUGGCUUGCUUUCUAAUAAUGAAAUUUAGGCUUAAAAUAUUGAGUUUUUCUAUUGCAUCAUGUAUGAGAUAAAUACACAAUAAUAAUAUCCAUCUAUCUCUUCUUAUAUCUA